AUGGAGGGAUUGCCGAAGUUGCCUGGGAACGAUUUUGCCAACCGUCUGCGCCAGAAGCAUCAUGUACCGCAGAGCUUCAAGUACGUCAACGGCUACCCGAUUCCGGCCCGACCCGAGUGUGGUCUCGGCGGAGAACGGCUGAAUGAAGAUUCCAUCCAAUUCUGUCCCGAAUCGAACGGUGGUGGGAAUAAUUCGGUGCUGUACGAUCCGAUCCUCACGUACGGUCGGGUGCGCCAUCUACCGGUCAAACCGUACCGGCCACAUUUCGUGCUGUACGAUCAGAAGACGCUCAAGUUCAAUGCGUUCUUCCGGCAGGCGGUACCGGAGUCGGCCACCGAAACGUUCCGCAUACGGUAUGUGCACAUUCUCUACUUCCUCGAGGACGACACGAUGACUGUGCUGGAACCGACGAUCGAAAACUGUGGUUAUCCGCAGGGUCGGCUGGUGCGUCGUGGCAGGAAGCUUAAAGAUGCGGACCGGGAAGAGUUUUACAACUGGAAGGAUCUGAACAUCGGUAUCGAUGUGGAGAUGCAUGGGUACGUUUUCCACAUUACCGAUUGCGAUGCGUUCACGAAGGAAUUUUUGCUAAGCAAUGGAAUUGAGCUGAACGAAAUCGAACUGCUUCCACCGGAUCCGACCAUGAACGAGCGUUCGAUCAGCCAGCGACAGACGUUCCGUCAUCACAAAAUGUACCCAGUACCGGACGAUAAGCUGCGAAAGUAUCUCGAGUAUCAAGGGAAGGUUCUACACUUCGAUUGUGUACUGGAUGAGCGAGACCGCGACGGUGGCGAAUUGAUGACGUACAAGCUGUUCUAUUAUCUCGAAGAUGAUACCGUAUCCAUAAAAGAGCUAAAGGAGAACCAAGAGGGACGGGACUAUUUCCCGAUGCUGCUCCGUAAGCAGAAACUGCCAAAGGACUGGAAAGAAAAUCCUGUUUCUCACCCUUCAAUAUUUCUCGAGAAAACUGAUGCCGAAGUGUCAGAAUAUUAUUCUCCCAAGGAUUUGAUUGUCGGCACGACCAUCUUCGUCUACGGACGCAAGUUUCUGCUGCUCGACUGUGAUGGGUUCACGCGGUGCUACUACGAGAAAGCGCUCAAACUCAUCCAACCGGACCGGGUCCGAUUAGACAGUUCGCCCAAGCGAAUACCUCGACUAGACGUACCGAGCUACCUCGGUCUCGGGACACCGGAAGAUUCGCUUGCCUCGUACCACAGCCUUGUUCCCAAAAGCCCGAAAAAGGACGUCAUCACGUACCUGGUGAAUGUAAACAAAUUCCUACGGUACGGAUGCGUGCUGGACACGGCACACCCGGAGGAUAAAAUACGCAAGUUCGUACUGAGUCUUUCACUUGCGGACGGUACGAUUACCAUCAUGGAAUCGUCCAUCGACAACUCUGGCAUUCGGGGAGGACGGUUCUUAUCGCCGCGUAAAGUUUGGCUUCCCGGCUGCAAUCCGGACGAGCCGGAGUAUUACACGGCAAAGGAUCUCUACAUUGGAGCUACGAUGGUGGUGUUUGCACAUCGAUUUAAAAUUGUCAGUGCCGAUCUUUACGUGUACCGGUACAUGCAAGCGCAUCCGGAAAUAUUUUCCCCAAUGGCAAUCGACAGUGUGCGCAAUUAUCUGCUGGGCGAAGGACAUUUGAAAGAUGAUCUCCGGCAAGCCACUGAAGAGGAGUAUCAGAAACUUGAGCAAACAACUACUGAAGAAUCAAACGACCAAGAUGAAGUGCAGAAGCGACUGACCGGCUUUGAAAUUGGUGACUCUAAAGCUUCCUCGCCUAUGCCGUCAGCACGUGGGUCGCCCGUUCCCCUUACAGAUGGAAUGCAACGAUCUGCCGAACCAGCGGAACAUCCCUGUCCACAUCCAAUUAUACCCGACGAAGAGCUACGAAAGGCGUAUCACACAAACGAGCCAGAUGAACUUGCCAUCCAAGCAUACCGCAUUCCGGAGGACCAACCAUAUUCUCCACAAAGUUCUCCCACACACGGAUCCAAAAAGGCCUCGAAAACAGUUCGAUUCCAGGACGAUUGCUAG